AUGUCUAAAGUUUACGAUUUUAUUGUUAAGGAUAAAGCUGGCAAAGAUUUUGCUCUAAAACAACUUGAGGGGAAAGUUAUUCUAAUUGUCAAUGUUGCCUCUAAAUGUGGUUUCACUCCUCAAUAUAAAGGUCUGGAAGAACUAUACAAAAAAUAUAAUGAUCAGGGACUAGAAAUUUUAGGGUUCCCAUGUAACCAAUUUGCUGGUCAAGAACCAGGUAACGAAGAAGAAAUCGUACAAUUCUGUUCUCUGAACUACGGUGUUACAUUCCCUAUUAUGCAUAAGAUUGAUGUUAAUGGUGACAAAGCUGAUCCAUUAUACGAAUAUUUAAAGAAGGAAAAGACAGGUCCUCUUGGUUUGAAAAGAGUCAAAUGGAACUUUGAAAAGUUUUUAAUUGAUAAGCAUGGUAAUGUUGUAGAUAGAUUAUCUUCUUUGACUAAACCAGAAUCUAUUGAUCCAAAAAUUGCUAACUUAUUGAAGGAAUAA